GUCGACGGUGGAUGCAGUGAGGCGGUCCCGAACAGGAUUGUAAAAAAAAAAAAAAAAAAAAAAAUAAAAGAAAGAAAGAAAGAAGUUGGUCUUAAGGCAGUUUUGUGGUAUUGUUUGUGAAUAUAUCUUGGGGUAUUAACUUUUGACCAAAAACUAUGGCUUCUUCGGAUGUUGCUCGGCAGCCGGACAAAGGAGUCCGGCCCCUGUCCCUCGCCGGCCAUGUGGGCUUUGACAGCCUCCCGGAUCAGCUUGUCAACAAGUCGAUCUGCCAGGGCUUCUGCUUCAAUAUACUUUGCAUCGGUGAAACUGGCAUCGGCAAGUCUACCCUGAUGGACACUCUGUUCAAUACCAACUUUGAGAACUUUGAGUCGUCCCACUUUGAGCCUCAGGUGAAGCUACGGGCUCAAACCUACGAUCUACAGGAGAGUAACGUUAGACUACGCCUUACUGUGGUCAACACCGUGGGCUUCGGAGACCAAAUGAACAAACAAGAGAGCUAUCAGCCGGUGGUGGACUAUAUCGACAGGCAGUUUGAGAGCUAUCUGCAGGAGGAGCUAAAAAUCAAGCGCUCUCUUCACAACUACCAUGAUUCGCGAGUCCACGCCUGCCUUUACUUUAUAUCCCCCUCAGGUCAUUCACUCAAAUCCCUGGACCUGGUCACUAUGAAGAAACUAGACAGCAAGGUGAACAUCAUCCCAGUGAUCGCCAAAGCUGACACCAUCAGUAAGAGCGAGCUGCACAAGUUCAAGAUCAAGAUCAUGAGUGAGCUUGUCAGCAACGGCGUCCAGAUCUACCAGUUCCCCCUGGAUGACGAGACUGUAGCUAAGGUCAACACUACAAUGAAUGGUCAUUUGCCGUUUGCUGUAGUUGGCAGCACAGAGGAGGUCUCUGUUGGCAAUAAGAUGGUGAAGGCUCGUCAAUAUCCGUGGGGUGUAGUACAAGUGGAGAACGAGAAUCACUGUGACUUUGUGAAACUGAGAGAGAUGCUGAUCUGUGUAAACAUGGAGGACCUGAGGGAGCAGACUCACACUCGCCACUACGAGCUGUACAGACGCUGCAAACUGGAGGAAAUGGGAUUUAAAGACACCGGCCCAGAGAGCAAACCUGUCAGCUUGCAGCAGACUUACGAAGCCAAGCGUCAGGAGUUCCUGGUGGAGCUGCAGAAGAGAGAGGACGAGAUGAGGCAGAUGUUUGUGCAGAGGGUGAAGGAGAAGGAGUCUGAGCUGAAGGAGGCUGAGAGAGAGCUGCAAAGUCGUUUUGAGCAGCUGAAGCGCCUCCAUGCAGAUGAGAAAGCAGCUCUGGAGGAAAAGAAGAGACUCCUGGACGAGGACCAGAGUUCCUUCAGCAAGAGACGAGCUGCCGCCCAGCUCCUGCAGGCCCAGAGCCUCACCGCUAACGGCAAGAAAGACAAGGACCGCAAGAACUCUGGCUUCAUGUGAAGACGUCGGGAGCCGAAGUACACUCUAGUAUGACCAGUAUAACCAGUGACAUUCUGCCCACAUCUUUUCCAGCCCUUUGUGGCCAGUCUCAAACACUAACCAGGAAACCCCCACACAAACCAGCAGUGUGUGCGAGUGUGAGUUUGAUUUUGUGCCAAAGUUUAAUGACUGUACCCAUGAAUCCUGUGUACACUUUCCUCAAUGGUAUUUUUAAUCUUCUUUGUGGGUUUUAUACCUGUGUAAUAUUUUAUAUUUAUCCUUUCAUUUUUAUAUAAAACCUUUAUUUUCCAUAUACCUCCCUCUUUUUUUUUUUUUUUAAACUUCUGCCCAGACUGAGGGGCACCCCAGGGUGUUGAUCCUUACACAGCCUCCUCACUAGAUGCUGUACAUUAAUCAAAGGACUUGGAUAGGUUCAAACAAUACAUUGAAAGGGACCUCUUCAGUUACAUUUAAUCUGAAAAAAGCUACAAUAGCAUAAAUACCUUAUGCUAUUGUAGCUUUCUAAUGCUCAAAGAAACGUAAAAGACUAAAUAAAACCAAUUUAACGUGUAGAAGAAAUCACUCGUAUUUUCAUUCAUUUAGUUUUUUCUGUGGUGAGGUAAAAGUGGAGCAGAACCCUUCAGACAGCCACAGUAGGCGUCAGAACAGUAGUCUCCCUACAUUUUCAGCUUUCGUUCGUGCCAACCGCUUAACAAUCCAGCAAAAUGUUUAAAUACAGCAUGCCACAACUCAACAGGUUGUUAUUUUUAAGUACAUCUUGGCAUUGUCAGAUGGUACAAAAUAGGAAGCAGGAUUUUAUGUUCUAUACAUAAUUGAUGACAGACAAAUUUAUCAGGAGAUCUACAUGGUUGGUUAGACUAGUGAGAAGCGGAGGCGAGCAGAUAAUGGAGAGAUAAACAAUCAACAAUCCAUCAUGUUAUUAUUUAUUCAACACACAGCUGUUCUCCAGCAGUGCUGCCGCUGCGGUGUGAGGGAAUAUAGCGCAAGCGCUGCAGCUCUGUGUAAUUGCCCUGUCAUAUUUUAAAUAGAGCCGUUACAGAAUAUUGACUCCACAGAGGCCUGUGUACAAUAUGUUUGAAUGCCAAAACUUCCUUUUAAUUUAACAGAUUUGUAGCUAGCAAUGUUGCAGAGACCAUGUCUGGAAAGGGCUGACAUAAGCACAGGGCAUUAUUAUUCCUUAUCCCUCUUCUGUAUUAUGUUUGACUUUUUUUUCCCCUCACACCUCCUUGAUGUAAACUUUUACUGUGAGUACACCAGCAUUACAAAAACCUGCAGCAGCCACACUGAUUCUCAGUUGUUUUAAAGGGAAAUGGUUUAAACUUCUUUUGUCCAAUCACAGCUUUACAGUUUUCUAGGAGGGUGAGGCUGAUGCUUGGGUUUUCGGAUUAGGUACAUGUUACUGCAUAUAUAUUCAUAUAUAUAUAUUUUGUUUUACUUGCUCCCUUAUUUUUCCUUCUGACACAAACCGCGGAAGUCAGGCUGAAAAGAGCUGACUCACGGAAAUUAUGUGUAGUCAGUGUUGAGGGGAAUGCACGAAGAGAGGGAGGAUGCAUUUGUGACUGUAUUUUUUACUCUCUUUUAUUCUUUCUCUCUGGAGUCAUUAUGAGACAGGGUUUCACACCUCAAAGCAUGUUAACAGUACAGACUAAACCAGAACACUGUGGUACUGGUUCCCAGUAAAGUGAGAUUCAUAAACUACCAUUUACUCACAGACACUGCCACUUUAUAUUUACACUAGUGCUUAUGAUGUGUGAGUGCCUUAUCUAUGUGAACGUUGUUAGAAAUACACUAUCCACUUAACUUUUACAUCCAGGGAAACACACCAAUGCCUAAUGGAGUAACAGUUGUCUUGUUUGUACUACACUUGUAUUUAAGGAAUAAACAGUGUUAUUUGGGAGCUUUUUUUUCCUUCUUUCUAAAUAAAUCUUUGUAUUUUUGUCAUGA